CACCUGUGGGAAGUUAGAGCGUUGACAAAGUUGGAAAUUGAAAGGUCUCUACAAAGGUUUGCUUUCUUAAAAUCGCGUCACUCGUCUGAAGCAAGAGAACAAAUGAAAACCGAUCAAAAAUUAAUUAUACUGACGCUUUGGAUAUGCAAGGAAUGGAUAUUAGGAGGCCUUGAACAACAGAUUUCCUGUCUUCGGUCCAAUACUAAACACAUGAUGACGAUGCUCAUUUUAGAAUCUUCCUUUCUGCUAAACGAGCGAGGUCAAAAAACUUCCGAGCAGCCUUCUUGGAUACUUUCAAUCUCCUAGAUCGAUAGAGCAAUUUUACCAUCAAAGGACAUCACGAGAAAUGGACUUUUACGUAGAUUACAGCUGUGAAAACAACACCGAAACCGGGAGAUUCAAACUCACUGUGCCUGAUCUCAGUACUACAAGUAUCAGAGACGUAAAGAUUGCUAUACAAGAGGCAAUUCAAGCCCCAGUGUGCGAUCAAAAACUGUUUUACCAGGGACAGUUGCUAAGUGAUGAUCAAAUGACCCUCGGUAGGUUGUAUUUCAAGGAGGGAGAGAGUUUAAAAUUGCAGUUUCUCGCUGUAGUAGACAUAACUGGAAUGCGGAAAUUAUUGUCUGCGAUCAAGACCAGCGCUAAAGGAAUUGUGGAAAAACUACACAGGCAGCUUCCAGACAUUCUAAUGACGAAGGAUCCCAAUGGUUCCGCAGUGAGUUUCAGCUUUUCCCAGGCUUUUGGAGAUGUGAAACUAGGCGACACGUAUCGAGCACUGCCAGAACUUAGCAGUCAGUACUUCGCUCCUUGGAAAUGUUUGAAAUCGAGGGCUAAUAGACAUUUCUUCGUUCAAGAAGGAGGAUUUGACGCGUUCUUGGAAGUGUUCAAAUAUUCGUUGAACCUUUUCCUGUUUGCAGAUUCUCAGGAAACUAGAAUACCAUCUUUAUUUGAUAUAUUGGCCUCUAGUGAUGAUCAAAGUCCAAUGGACAUUGUGAUGUUGCAGACCAUGAAUCAUUUAAAACGCCAUUUUGAUCAAGGACAGCUUCUUCUGGAGUACAGAUGUCUUAGCUGUUUGUGGACCUUUACAGAGACAUAUGAAGAUAAGAAGUUUGCUUUGUCCAAGGGUGUCUUUCCCUUAUCAGUUGAAGCUCUCCUCAUUCACCCAGAUGCAUUCAAAGAGGCUGGCUUCACUGACUUAGCCAGAUUGAUUGUUUUAUUAAAUCAGUCUGCAGUUGGCUGCUGUGCUGGAUUUGUAGAGUAUGAUUCAAAACUCCAAGAACAAGCUGCCAAAUCACCAGCAAUGAUCAGCAAAUUACUCUUCAUGAUUGACAGAAGCCAGUCUGAGCCUGCAGAAUAUUCACUGUUUUCAAGUCAGGUUGCCUCCAACACACUGUUUUACUGCACAUUCAAUGUAAAAUCUGCCCAAUAUUUAGUAAAUCUUGGAGUAGUGGAAAAAAUGCUAAAUAUUACAAAGAGGCUUUUGGAUGAUGAGGAAGGCAAUUUCCCUUUAAGGUACUACUGUUGUCUGUUCUUGGCAAGAAUGCGCUCAGCUCCUCUGGUCAUCUUGCCCACAAGUAUUUGUUCAACCAUAGAUGAACUUAUUGACACCUUUCUGGACAGGCAUGUUCCCUGUGAGGUCACAAAAUAUGAAGGAGAAUUGUCUUUUGUUUGGAUGACAAUAGUGCCAUUAGUUCAUUUGGCUUUUGCUGGAGGGAAGGAAUAUACACAAGGUGGUAAGGUAAAUCACAGUUACCAUGGUGAUGGCCAUCAAGGUAAUAGCUCAAAUUUGGAUUCAACUCAAAGUAAAGAAAAUCGUUUUUACGAGGGGCAGUCAUCAAGCUCCGCCAUUAAUGACUUGGGUGUAGCUCUGAGUGCUGUGGAGAUUAACGCCGAUUACAAAAAUCACCUUGAACCUAACAAAGAUGAAAGAGAUUCAAAAUGUGAAUUGCGUCAAGGCAAAAAAGCUUGUGCACAGUUAGAGGCUGAGGUGACUGAAGAAGCCAAAGUCACAAUUAUUGGGACAACUGUAUAUUUUCAGAAAAUCAACCAAGUUAACAUCAGCAGUCAAAAGGUCGAAUGUCAUUGUGCCACGGCCAAAACCCAAUCCUUAUCGACUGAAAAAAAAGAUUGUGUGAUGGAGAGAGAAAAAGACCAAUUCAUCUGGCCAGGAUCCAAAUCAACACAGAAACUAGGCAUUUUUUCAUUGGUGCACAUGUUUUCAAUUAAAGAGAACCGAGAGCUGGCGUUAUCCGAGAAUCUCCCGGUGUACUUGGUUUGUCUGUCGUGGCAUCUACCAUGUGAACUGAAGGAAAAAUUGAAGCUCAGCAUGGAUAAUUUGUACUUCGCCUCCUCACCCCCUUCUUUGAAAGUUGCAGCCAAAUCUGUACUUGCUCUGAUGAGAGGCUUCGACAUGUUCUACCGACUUUGAACUGCACCCAACAUAUUAAAUGCACUUUAAAAGUAGGAAAGUUUAAGGUGCAUUACAUUUCAUUCUACCGUUCGCAUGUCUGAAGGCGGGAAGUUUUUUACUCACUUAUGUGACUUACCUAGACUUGGCUAAACUAAGUAUGGCUCCUAUUAUUCUAUUUAUUAGAAUCCGCUGCAAGUCGUAAAAGAGAAAUUAGAACAAAAAAAAUAUAUUAAAAAAAUAAAUAAAUAAAAUGUUGGUCGGUGACAGCCAAAUGAUAGGGAAACGCCGCGUUUCACUUGUCCGCUCAUUUUUCUGAAGUCACAUGGCAGUGUGACUCAUUCCGUGACUAGUUACCAGCCCUUUUGUGCCGGUCAAAGGUAACGGUAUGUCACUGGACUACUAUUAGUAUCGCUUUCAAAUUAUCGGAAUUGUUUUUUUUUUUUUUUUUUGCGGACCCACACCCUUUUCUUUAUCAAGCGCCCAGAGAACCGAUGGAAGUAAGGCAAAGAAGACUUGAAAUGAAUAAUAAAGUACCUUUAAUUUGACCGAGUCAGACAACCAACAAGCUCCUUAAUUUGGUGAAAUUAUAGGUAUUUACUUCUUGAACCAAUUUAUUCUUGUAACGAAGAUUCAUUUUUGAAUUUAAAAAAUCUUAAUUUUU